AUGCCAAUAAGACCAGAUCUCCAGCAGUUGGAAAAAUGCAUUGAUGAUGCUCUAAGGAAAAAUGAUUUCAGACCUUUAAAAACACUUCUACGAAUUGAUAUUUGUGAAGAUGUGAAGAUUAAAUGCAGCAAACAGUUUCUCUACAAGUUGGAUGACCUCAUGUGCAGGGAACUUCAGAAGAAGGAUAUUCAGACUGUUUCAACCAUUUUGGUUUCUAUUGGAAGAUGUGGAAAACAUACAAGAAUAUUGGGACAAGCUGGACUUCCAGCUAUGAUAAAACAAGGACUAGUCCAAAAGAUGGCUGCCUGGAUUGAAAAAUCUAAGGAGAUGAUUCUAAGUCGAGGAAGUUCCAAAGAUGAAGCUGUUACAAGUAUAAUAGAAGACUUCUUUGAUGUUUUCAUGAUCAUACUUGAUGUCAACGAUGAAGGUAAAAGACAGGUCAUGGAAAGCGUUGUACCUCAGAUUUGUGCCCUGGUGAGUGACGCGAGAGUGAGCAUCUCUGUCCAGCAGGAGAUUCUAAAAAGAAUGAAUGCUGUUCUUGAUAGAAUGCCUCACAAUGCCGGCAGAAUGCUGUCUAAUCAAGACAUGUUAAUACUCAUGAGUAGUUUGGGAGAAAGGAUUUUAGAUGCUGGAGCUUCUUUUUAUUUCAGGGUCUUUACAUAUCCUUGUGUAUCAGCAUUUCUUGAUAAAUAUGAAUUGCAAAUACCAUCUGAUGAGAAGCUUGAGGAAUUUUGGAUUGAUUUCAACCUGGGCAGCCAGACUCUGUCCUUCUACGUUGCUGCAAAUAACAAGGAUCGUCAGUGGGAAAUAGUUACUGUGCCUGAAGAAACAGUGCAGUUAUACAGCAUCGAAGUGAGAGAGUCGAAGAAGCUGCUGACCAUACUUAUGAAAACUACGAUAAAAAUUAGUAAAAGAGAAGGGAAAGAAUUGCUUUUGUAUUUUGAUGCAUCACUAGAAAUCACUCAUGUCACUCAGAAAAUUUUUGGUGUGAAUAAGUAUAAGGAAUUUACCAGAAAACAAGGUAUUUCAGUUGCCAAAACAUCUGUGCAUAUACUUUUUGAUGCCAGUGGAUCCCAGAUUCUAGUGCCAGAAAGUCAAGUCUCUCCAGUUGAAGAAGAAUGUGAUAGUUUAAAAGAAAAACCUAAUCCCCCAAAGGCCUUUUGUAAACCUCCAAAAUAUGUCAAAAACACUAAUCAAGAGGACAGAAAAAUUAGUCAACUCCAGGUAACUACUCCUAGCAAAAGAAAGGUGUCGGAAGCAUCCAUGAUUGUUCCUGGUACGGAUAGAUACACUGUGAGAAGUCCACUACUGUUAAUCAACACAUCAACACCACGAAGAGGAAGAAUUAAACCACCACUGCAAAUGAUGAAUUCUGCAGAACGAGCUGCUGUUUCUAAACCAUGGGACAGAGGAGUAAAGAACACAGCAGCACUUAAAUCUAAACCAUCAGAAGGAAGGAAGAGUAGCAAUAAGACAGAAAAACAUAUGAAAACUGCUAAUAAGGACAAUGAAUUCCCAAACCAAAAUUUUAAUAAAUGCCAGAAUGUUGUUCCUGAUUCACAACCUGCUAAUAUUUAAAGAUAUAUUAAACAAAUGAAAUUAUUUUCUAGAUUAUGUGGCGUUUUAGACAACAUCUAUGAAAACAAAUCUAAUUCCAAGUGGGCAUGUUGGACACCUGUAACAAACAUUCAACUUUGUAAUACCCAAGGAGCAAGUACCACAUUAAAAGAAACAAUGGAUCAAGAUCUUGUUGUCCACAAAAAACUUACUAAACAAAAUCCAUCUUCUUCAUUAUCUGAUGAUAAUUCUGAAGAAACAGGAAAAAUGCAAAGUACAAAAGAAAUAGUGGUCAGUAACAAAGGCGAUGAAGAGGAAGUAGAAAUCUGGGACAGAAACAGUCACCAAGAAGAGACUCCUCCUCAGCAGUUGGAGGGGAAGAAUCCUGGCCACACCAUGCAGAGUGAUUGGCGUAUUGAGUCCGAAACGACUUUUAAGUCAGUGCUCAUGAAUAAGACAGUGGAGGAGUCUCUGAUCUAUAGGAAGAAAUACGUAUUGUCAAAAGAUGUGAAUACUGCUGUUUGUGAUCAAAACCCUUCUCCAGGGAAAAAUGUGGAAAGUCAUAGAAAAUCAGAGAAAAGUCUGACUCCUGAACUCAAUCCCUAUAAUUUAAAACCAAAAAAUACGAAAGAAAAGUCAAAAGGGAGAGGAUUUACUGAUGCAGCAGAAUCCUUGAUGAGCCAAAUUCAUAAACAAUACAAAGCAAAGGAUGACAUGAAGUCUACAAGAAAAUUGAAGGAUUCUUUGAUGGACAGUGGUUUUUCAAACAGAUCUGAUCUACAACUCAGCAAGGAGAAGGUUCAGAAAAAAAGUUUCAGACAACUGAAGACUACUUUUGUUAAUGUUACUUCUGAAUGCCCAUUGAAUGAUGUUUACAAUUUUAAUGUGAAUGGAGGUGAUGACCCUACUAUAAAACUCGGAGUCCAGGAAUUUCAAGCCACAGCUACAGAAGCUUGUGUGGAUAAUUCCAUGAAAUUGGUUGACUUAAGGAAUCAAGAUGACACUGAACCUUGUCUCAAAAGAAGAGAUAAAAGAAUGAUAACCAGUCACAAAAAGAAGCAUCUGUUUAGUGAUUCUGAAACAGAUGACAGAUGUGAUGACAGCAGGACUGAUGUCAGCUGGUUAAGAGAACCAGAGUUGAAACCCCAGCUAGUAGAUUACAGCAGGAACAAAAAUGUGAAGAGGCAUCAGAGUGGGAAACCAAGACCAUUCUUAGAAAGGGGACAGUUAAGCUAUAAAGAGACAUCCAGCAAAAAUAUCACCAAAAAGACAGAAGAGACGGUUCCAGAUGGGCGAACCAGACUUCCACGAAGAGCAGCAACUGCCAAAAAAAAUUACAAAGAUCUCUCCAACUCAGAGUCUGAGAGCGAGACAGAAGUGUCUUACACAAUUAAAGAGAAACUGCUGGUAAAGGCAAGUAUAGAGAAAACAACAGAAAAUAACUCUACUCAGGAUUAUGACUGUAUAACAACCACAUCUCUAUCACCGUCUCAACACAAUUCAUCAGUUGAGUCUUUAAAAAGUAAAAAUGGAGGUUCAAGUAAGUUGCCUCAGAGCAGUGAGAAGAAUCCCAGCCAGAGUCCAGUAAUGGAGAACAGUGCUGUUGUGGACAGAAAAAAUGUAAAUUCUGUGACACCUGCACAAGAAACACAACAUUGCAGUUUUUCAGAUGUAAGCAAUAGUAAUUCAGAAAAACAGUUUCUAGAAAAUGAACUUUUAAGUAUCAUAGAAAAUCAAAUGCAAAGAAAUCAAGAGGAAAGCUACUCAGCAUCUCCAUUAUCCAUAUCUAGUGAAAGAAGAGAAAGAAUCUGGUAUAACAUGUCAUGGGACACUACUCACGUAUCAGGCCCCACGCAGCAUCCCAAUCGCAAACGAAUGUACAUAGAAGAUGACGUAAGUAGUUUUGAUGAAGUAGAAAUGGAAGAGGAAGAAGAAAGAAGACCAAACUUGAUUCCCAAUAAACUGUCUAAAAUCAGAGAUCCAGAUCACACCUGUAAAAUGUCUGAAAGUAUAUCUAAGUUUUCGGCAUAUGAGUUUUAUAUUUCUGAGGAGAACUGGGAAAGCACACAUUCCCAUGUAGGGAUGAUAAGUGAGAAAAUCAAUAAAGAAAUUAAUAGGAAAAUUCAGACUUACCACAAAAAGAUGGACUAUUUUACUAAAGAGUCGUGGAAAUCCGCUCAGCAGCAUAUGGACACGAUGAGUCAUCAAGUUCAAGAGUAUAGGAAUAAAAAGCUUGACCGAUUCCAGUUGAGCAUCAUACAGGAGAUGGAAAACUUGGAGCAAGAGUCACAGGCUUUGAAACAUCUGGAGAAGCAAUUCGGGGACAUCAUGGAAAAGAUACUUGAGAGGUUCAGUGCCUCUCAGAAAAGUGAGCGGCAGAGGCUCCACCUCCUGAGGACCUCAUUUGAGGACAAUGACUUCUGCAGCCUUGAGAACGAUGAGAAGAUUUUUACAUCUGAGCAAGAAGAGGAGCUUCUUAAAGUCCGCAGAGGGCUGAAGUCAUUCAUGUCUGAUGAGCUAGCUCUUCACCUGUGA